AUGGCGUUGGACGAGGAGCACAAGGCGUCUGUGCCAGACAGCGAGAUCAACAAGCUGGCGGCGAGGCCCAGGCGGCCUCUGACCCUGGCUGAUCUGGUCAAACAUGGCAAGCCGCCGUUGUCAGAAGAGGCACUGAUCGCGUCUGCGAACUUCACGCUGUCUCUAUUACCCGCCCGACUUGCACACCGAAUCACUGCUCUCCGCAAUCUCCCCUUUAUCGUUGUCUCGAAUCCAUCCGUGAACAAGAUAUACAACAACUAUUUGCACUCUCUGUCCACUCUCGAGCCGUUCUACUCACGUGAGAUCACCACCAUUGAGGAUGAGUACAAGUUCACGGAGCUGAUGGCCGAUCUGGUCAGGACUCAUUCGAAUACCAUACCUGUGUUAGCCAAAGGCUUCUUGCAGUGCCGCAAGUACGUCGACCCGGUGGAGGUCACUCGCUUUCUGGAUCAACAUCUCCGAGCUCGGAUUGGCACUCGACUUGUCGCGGAGCAGCAUCUGGCACUUCACGUAGCGUCUACAGACCAUCCGGAAGAGCAAUGCGACGACUCCCAUAUUGGCGUCAUCGACACAGCUUUGAAGCCGGCCGACAUUGUACUCUCGUGCCAGAACUUCGUCGGCGAGAUUUGUGAACUCAAGUACGGCGUGCGUCCGUCGUUGAUCAUCAAUGGCGACCCAGACGCCGAGUUCGCUCACAUUCCUAUGCAUCUUGAGUACAUCAUUACAGAGCUGCUCAAGAACGCCUUCCGAGCAACCAUCGAGUCUGGGAAUGAGAAGCAUCCCAUAGAGGUCACAAUUGCAGCUGCACCAGAUGUGCCAUCAACGAGCACCAAGCUAGAGUCUCUGAGGCAACUUCAGCUGUCGCACGAGAAAUCCUACGACUACUCCCUCUCAGGACUAGAGGAGUAUUGUGCAGAUCCGGACAUCGUUGAGCCACUGAAUCACGUUGCUCCUUCCAUUACUUUGCGCAUUCGCGAUCGAGGAGGAGGGAUCUCCCCGGAGACACUACCGAAUAUUUGGAACUACAGCUUCACCACGUUCAGCAACGAAGAUGCGGCGUCAGUCGACAACGGUAACAGUGAUGGCUUGAACGCCCUUUCGGAGAGUGGCAGUGAUCAAAGUACCAUUGCUGGAUUAGGCUACGGUCUGCCGCUAAGUCGUGCAUAUGCUGAGUACUUCGGUGGUGGCAUCGCUGUACAAAGUAUGCAUGGAUUUGGCACGGACGUAUAUCUGUCGCUGUCUGGGGUGGGCAAAGUCAAAUGA